UAGACGAGAAAAGAGAAAGCGAAAAUAGGAACCAUAAAACAGUAAAACCUCUCCAAGUCCUAACUUGUGCAAAAUAUCGCGAUAAAUCGACCAGAUCUCCAUCUCUGCAACUCCCGUCUUGAGAUUAUCUCUUCACCGACGAGUUUGCUCACUCUCUCUUCUUUGACUGAACUGGACUAAGCGACAGAUGUAAUCUGCAAAAGUGCUAUAGUUUUCGGCUUGGAAAUCUCUCUCUCUCUCUCUCUCUCUCUCUUUUUUUUUGGCAAUUGUAUAUACAAAAAUGCUUUUCCUAAAUUAUUGAUGUAAGUUGUAUAAUGCAUACUCGAUACUCUCUCUAUGACGGCUUCCUUGGCAGACCUCAUUCGCCUUUCUCGCUGUUUCUCAACCUCAAAUCGAAAGACAAAACGCUUACUUUCUACCCUUCAACAAAACCCUCGGGUCAACAGUUCCCUCCACACUGGAGAUGUGUAUAGUCGAAUAUUAGACAAGUGCCCGGAUAUCAAGAUAAUAGAAAAAGUUCAUUCUAGGAUCAUUUUCGAUCCAGACCUAUGCCUAAACACGUCCAUUGGCAUCAAAUUAAUGCGAGCAUAUGCAGCUUGUGGCCAGACCAAUAUCACCCGGCAACUGUUUGACAAAAUUCCGGUUAAAAAUGUUGUGGUUUACAAUGUCAUGAUCAGAAGCUAUGUCAACAACCGGUCUUAUAAAGAUGCUCUUUUGCUGUUCAAAAUCAUGCAUAUGGACAAUAUUCAGCCUGAUCGUUAUACCCUUCCUUGUGUUCUUAAAGCUUGUUCAGUUUCUGAGAAUAUGUGGUUAGGGCUGCAAAUUCAUGCACCAAUUGUAAAGAAUGGUCUUGAUUCAAAUUUAUAUACAGGAAAUGGUUUGGUGGCUAUGUAUGGGAAAUGUGGGUUUUUGGCUGAGGCUCGGCAGGCUCUUGAUGAAAUGCCUCGAAGGGAUGUCAUUUCUUGGAAUUCAAUGGUUGCUGGAUAUGCUCAAAAUGGAAGCUUUGAUGAUGCAUUAGAGGUUUGCAAGGAAAUGAACUUUUUGGGUCUGAAACUCGAUGCAGGGACAAUGGCUAGCCUUUUGCCUGCUGUAACCAAUACAUGUAUGGAAAAUGUUGCAUUUGUGAAAAACAUAUUUUUGGAUAUGGACAAAAAGGAUUUGGUUCCUUGGAAUGUGAUGAUGGCUGUAUAUGUCAAGAAUUCUAUGCCUAAAGAGGCUGUUGAAAUUUAUUUACAAAUGGAAGCUUGUUCUAUAGAGCCUGAUGCAAUAUCUUUUGCUACAAUUCUUCCUGCUUGUGGUGAUCUUUCUGCUGUGUUAUUAGGGAGGAGGAUCCAUGAAAUGGUUGAGAGGAGAGGACUUCAACCCAAUUUGUCUCUUGAAAAUGCUUUAAUUGAUAUGUAUGCAAGGUGUGGGUGUUUGUUGGAAGCUAGGAAGCUUUUUGAUGCCAUGAAGUUUCGAGAUAUUGUGUCGUGGACUUCCUUGAUCUAUGCUUAUGGUAUGAGUGGUCAAGGUCAAAAUGCCGUUGCUUUAUUUUCAAGGAUGCUGGAAUCUGGCCUUAAGCCCGAUUCUAUUGCUUUUGUUUCUAUACUUUCAGCAUGCAGCCAUGCAGGGCUGUUACAGGCGGGAGAAUAUUACUACAAACUAAUGACAGAGGAGUAUAAGAUUGUUCCUAGGAUCGAGCAUUAUGCUUGCAUGGUGGAUUUGCGAGCACGAGCUGGGCAAAUAGAGAAGGGAUAUACUUUCAUCAAGCAGAUGCCCAUGGAUGCUAGUGAGAGGAUCUGGGGCGCACUUUUGAGUGCUUGUCGUGUUUAUAAUAACAUGGACAUAGGGGUUGUAGCUGCAGAUCAUCUUUUCAUGUUGGCACCUAAGCAGUCUGGUUAUUAUGUCUUGUUAUCAAAUAUUUAUGCAAAGGCUGGAAGAUGGCAAGAUGUAACUAAAAUUCGGUUGGUCAUGAAUGAAAGAGGUAUCAAGAAAAUCCCUGGUGUUAGCAAUGUUGAGCUCCAUAACCAAGUGCACACAUUUCUUGCCGGUGACAGGUUGCACCCCCAAUCAGGGAAGAUCUAUGAAGAGUUAGAUACAUUAAUAGGUAAGAUAAAGGAAGUGGGGUAUGUCCCAGUGACAGAUGGUGCCCUUCAUGAUGUUGAGGAGGAAGACAAAGAAAAUCAUCUGGUCGUUCAUAGUGAAAAGCUGGCAAUUGCCUUUGCAAUAAUGAACACUGAGGCAGGAACACCAAUCAGAAUUACAAAGAAUCUACGUGUCUGUGGAGAUUGCCACAUUGCUGCCAAGCUCAUAUCCAAGAUCACUAAACGUCUCAUUGUUGUGAGAGAUACUAGACGUUAUCAUCAUUUUCAAAAUGGAGUCUGCUCAUGUGGUGAUUAUUGGUGAACCAACGGAAGAAAUACUACUGAUUAUCAAAGCUGAGGGAUAGAGGGAUCAGAACGAGUCUUAUGGCCUGAGAAAAUAUAAUGACAUAACAUAGGAGGCCUUGCGUGCUUUAUGCCCAGAUAGGUUGACUGUGAAUUGCAAAGGUUGCACUCCACUAAGAACUUUGGACCACUAGCUGCCUCUAUCCUCUGACA